UUUAUAAUAGGAAAAAUUUCUUUCUUUCACGCCGCCACCGUGCUUCGUGUAUAACCUCUCCAGUCACCUCUCAAAUCCACUUAAAUUCACUUCUUCACUAUGGCUGAACAACGUGAGAGAACCUUUAUCAUGGUCAAACCCGAUGGUGUACAACGUGGCCUCGUCGGAGAAAUCCUUCAGAGGUUUGAGAAAAAAGGCUUCAAACUUGUAGCUCUCAAAUUUGUAUGGCCGUCUGAAGAACUUCUACAGAAGCAUUACAGCGACUUGUCAUCGCGACCAUUCUUCCCCGGUCUAGUCAAGUACAUGAGCUCGGGACCCGUGGUGCCCAUGGUUUGGGAAGGACUCAACGUUGUGAAGACUGGACGUCAAAUGCUCGGCGCAACAAAUCCCGCGGACUCUCAACCGGGCACAAUCCGAGGCGAUCUCUGUAUUCAAGUUGGCCGCAAUAUCAUUCACGGCUCUGAUAGCGUCGAAUCGGCUAACAAAGAAAUAGCUCUCUGGUUCACUGAAAAGGAAGUUGUUGGAUGGACCCCUGCUGCAGAAAACUGGGUUUACGAAUGAAGUGAUAAUAAUUCCAUUAUAUUUAUAAGUCAAAUGAAAUAAACCAAUUAUUUAAUCUCAAA